CGCCAUUCCCGCUUUAAUCAGUCAGCCCUGGUCAUAAAAUAAAUGAAAUCUGCAGCACAACACGGGGAAAAUUAACAAAGUCAGCCGAUUGCGAUGUCUGAAUCACCUUCUGGUCCGCGCGUUAAGCGCCAGCGAAUAGACAAAAAUGGGAGGUUCGCCGCCAUGGAGCGGCUGCGUCAGCUGAAGGGAACCAAGAACAAAUGCCAGGUGGAGGACCAGGUGGACGAUGUGUACGAUGUGGUGGAUGAGCGGGAAUACGCCAAGCGGGCGCAGGAGAAGUACGGCGACGAUUGGAUCGAAGAGGAUGGCACUGGCUACGCAGAAGAUCUGCGGGAUUUCUUCGAGGAUGAGGAUGAGUACUCCGAGGGCGAGGAGGAUCGCAAAGACUCCAAGAAGAAGAAGGGCAUUGCACCCAACAGCAAGAAGAGACCCCGGGAAGCCGAGAAGCCAGCCAAAGGAAAGGCCUCCAUCAAGAAUCUCUUUAGCAAUGCGGUUCCCAAGAAAGCGGACAUCAAGAACAGUGUGAAAGAUGAUGAUAUUCUGGCUGACAUAUUAGGUGAAAUUAAGGAGGAGCCCGCAGAGACGUCUGAGAAAGUGGAAAAGGUCAUAGCGCCGGCGAAAAUAGCUGUGGCCUCGCGAAAAUCCGACGCCGCCGCUGCCAAGGAGUAUAUGAAUAGUUUCCUCAACAACAUCAAAGUUCAGGAGCAGGAACGCAAGAAGGCGGAGGCCAGCAGUGAUCACGAGAUGCUGGAGCGCAUCCUCAAGCCCAAGGCAGCAGUCCCCAACACAAAGGUGGCCUUUUUCUCCUCACCAACUCCAGCGAUCAAGAAGGAACCUUUGCCGGAAAAGAAGCCUGUCAAAGAGGCAACGGAAGAUCCCUUCUCCGACAACGAUAUGGAUUUCAGCUGUCUGGAUGACGAUGAAAACCAGUUCGAUGUGGAGAAGGAGCAGCUCGAGCCUUCUGUUUCCCAAGCAAAGUCAGCAGCCAAGGCCCCUGAAAAAGUAUCUCCCAAAAUAGAGCCAACUGGUUCCCCCAAAGAAAGUGAACCGGAGGACAUGAGCAAGCUGCUCAACAAUUGGGAGUCCAUCUGCCAAAUGGACGAUGACUUUGAAAAGUCCGUGACCACCACGGAUCAGGAAACGCCCAUUUCGUCCGAGGAGCAGCUGCGCUUCUGGUACUGGGAGGCUUGGGAGGAUCCAAUAAAGCUGCCCGGCGAAGUCUUCCUCUUCGGACGCACCGCCGAUGGAAAGUCCGUCUGUGUGCGGGUGCAGAACAUCAACCGAGUGCUGUAUUUGCUUCCCCGGCAAUUUCUCCUGGACCCCAUUUCAAAAGAGCCCACCAAGCAAAAGGUGACCGUGGCAGAUAUCUACAAGGAGUUCGACAGCGAGGUGGCCAGCGAGCUAAAACUGGACACCUUCCGAUCCCGCAAGGUCACCAAGAGUUUCGCCCACCACGCCAUCGGUAUUGAAGUGCCCCAAACUUGCGACUACCUGGAAGUUCACUACGAUGGCAAGAAACCGCUGCCGAAUUUGUCGGCUGGCAAGAAAUACAAUUCCAUAGCGCAUAUUUUUGGUGCCACCACGAAUGCGCUGGAACGUUUUCUCCUGGAACGGAAGAUCAAGGGACCCUGCUGGUUGCAGGUGAGCGGAUUCAAGGUGAGCCCGGCUCCCAUGAGUUGGUGCAAAACCGAGGUCACCCUGGCAGAGCCGAAGAAUGUGGAAUUGGUGCAGGAUAAGGGCAAACCAGCGCCACCACCGCCGCUAACUCUACUGGCACUCAAUGUGCGCACCUCGAUGAAUCCGAAAACCUCGAGAAACGAGAUCUGCAUGAUUUCGAUGCUCACCCACAAUCGUUUCCACAUCGAUCGUCCUGCCCCGCAGCCCGCCUUCAAUCGACAUAUGUGCGCCUUGACUCGACCGGCGGUGGUUAGUUGGCCCCUGGACUUGAACUUUGAGUUAGCCAAGUAUAAGUCCACCAAAAUAUAUAAGCACGAUUCGGAGAGAGCUUUAUUGAGUUGGUUCUUGGCUCAGUACCAACAAAUAGAUGCCGAUCUCAUUGUGACCUUUGACUCCAUGGAUUGCCAGCUGAAUGUGAUUACCGAUCAAAUUGUGGCCCUGAAGAUUCCUCAAUGGUCGCGCAUGGGUCGUCUCAGGAUGACCCAAUCGUUUGGCAAGCGUUUGUUGGAUCACUUUGUGGGCAGAAUGGUUUGUGACGUAAAGCGUUCGGCGGAGGAGUGCAUAAGAGCCAGAUCCUACGAUCUACAAACCCUUUGCAAGCAGGUCCUGAAGCUCAAGGAGUCGGAGAGAAUGGAAGUUAAUGCCGAUGAUCUGCUGGAGAUGUAUGAAAAGGGCGAGAGCAUCACCAAGCUCAUUUCCCUAACCAUGCAGGAUAAUUCCUACCUGCUGCGGCUGAUGUGUGAGCUGAAUAUAAUGCCGUUGGCCCUGCAAAUCACGAAUAUUUGUGGCAACACAAUGACCAGGACCCUUCAAGGAGGUCGCUCCGAACGGAAUGAGUUCCUCUUGCUGCAUGCUUUCCAUGAGAAGAACUACAUAGUGCCGGACAAGAAGCCGGCAUCCAAACGAGGUGGUGGAGCUGGCGGCGAUCCCGAGGCCACACUUUCUGGCGCCGAUGCCACUUUGCCAGCCAAAAAGAAGGCAGCCUACGCCGGUGGUUUGGUACUGGAACCGAUGCGGGGUCUCUACGAGAAGUUUGUCCUGCUGAUGGACUUCAACUCCCUGUAUCCGAGCAUCAUCCAGGAGUACAACAUAUGCUUUACCACUGUGCAACAGCCCGUGGAUGCGGAUGAACUACCCACCCUUCCGGAUUCGAAAACAGAAGCUGGUAUCUUACCCCUUCAAUUAAAGCGCUUGGUGGAAUCGCGAAAGGAGGUGAAAAAGCUAAUGGCAGCGCCUGAUCUUUCGCCUGAACUGCAGAUGCAGUACCACAUUCGACAGAUGGCUCUGAAGCUGACUGCUAACUCCAUGUACGGCUGCCUGGGAUUCGCCCAUUCGCGGUUCUUUGCCCAACACCUGGCCGCUUUGGUCACCCACAAGGGCAGGGAAAUCCUCACGAAUACCCAACAGCUGGUGCAAAAGCUUAACUACGAUGUGGUCUAUGGCGACACAGAUUCCCUGAUGAUCAAUACCAAUAUCACGGACUACGAUCAGGUCUACAAGAUUGGUCACAGCAUCAAGCAGAGUGUAAAUAAACUGUACAAGCAGCUGGAGUUGGACAUUGACGGGGUCUUUGGCUGUCUGCUGUUGCUGAAGAAAAAGAAAUAUGCCGCUGUUAAGUUGAGCAAGGACUCCAAGGGCGUCCUGAAGCGGGAACAGGAACACAAGGGCCUGGAUAUAGUUCGCCGUGAUUGGUCGCAGCUGGCUGUGAUGGUGGGCAAAGCUGUGCUCGAUGAAGUGCUGGCCGAGAAGCCGCUGGAGGAAAAACUCGAAGCAGUGCAUGCGCAACUGGAGAAGAUCAAAAAUCAAAUAACCGAGGGUGCCGUGCCUCUGCCCUUGUUUGUCAUCACCAAACAGCUAACGCGGGCUCCCCAGGAGUAUGCCAAUAGCGCCUCAUUGCCCCACGUCCAGGUGGCUCUUCGCAUGAAUCGGGAGAGGAACAGGCGCUACAAGAAGGGCGACAUGGUGGACUAUGUGAUCUGUUUGGAUGGCACCACAAAUGCCGCCAUGCAGCGAGCCUACCACCUGGAUGAGCUGAAGAGUAGCGAGGAGAAGAAGCUGCAGCUGGACACAAAUUACUACCUGGGACAUCAGGUGCACCCGGUGGUCACGCGCAUGGUUGAGGUGCUGGAGGGAACCGACGCAAGUCGCAUAGCCGAGUGUCUCGGCAUGGAUCCCAGCAAGUUCCGGCAAAAUGCUCAGAGAGUCCAGCGUGAGAAUACGGAGCAGUCGGAAGGCGAAUCGCUACUCAAGACCACCCUCCAAUUGUACCGCCUUUGCGAACCUUUCCGCUUUCAGUGCAUAGCCUGCAAGACGGAGCAGCUGAUGGCCAGUGCCUACCGUCCGGGACCCAGCAGUUCGCACAUCUCGGUGCUGCAGCAAUGCGCGAAUUCCGAGUGCCAAACGGCACCAGUUGAGUACCUGGCCAGCGUCCGCAAUCAGUUGCAACUUUCCAUUCGCCGGUUUGUCCAGCGAUUCUAUAAAAAUUGGCUGGUUUGCGAUCAUCCGGAUUGCAACUACAACACCCGCACACACACGAUGAGGAAGGAGAUGCGGCGACCGCUGUGCCAAAAGUGCCGCAGCGGCAGCCUGCUGCGUCAGUAUACGGAGCGGGACCUGUACAAUCAGCUCUGCUACCUGCGAUUCAUGUUCGACCUGGGCAAGCAACAGCUGCAGCAAAAACCCACACUAACGCCGGAACUGGAGCAGGCCUACCAGCUUCUAUACGAGACUGUGGACCAGCAGCUGCAGAGCUCCUCCUACGUGGUCAUCUCGCUAAGCAAACUCUUUGGCCGCACCCUGGCCCUGAUGUCCCUGCAACCGCCUCGACCCCGACCCCACAACGAAUUGAUCGCCAGUACUUUGGCAGAUGUCGUCUAAGUGUUUAAUUAACUAGCCUUUGUUAGAAGAUCCAUUAAAAAUACUACAAAACAAAUACGAUUAA